GCGUCCCGCUUUGACCAGUCUGACUGACGUCGUACGCCUUGCAGGUCGACCUGACCAUCCUGUGCACCAAGCCCUGCUGCAUACUCAGUCGCAUGCGGGACCCGUCUCAACUCGCUUGCCUCUCCGGUACAUUUCCAUCACCGGCAUACCUGGACACAGUGACCCGGACUAAUGGCCAUGGACCAAUGCCUUCAGACGGCCUUGUCCGCAGACGUAUCGCCCUUCCUCGGUCACUGGCAACAACAUGAAUUUUACUGCUUACCAGUCUAGAUAGACUCCUUCCAUUUCCGUGAACUCGGGCGACGUCUCGCGGUGUCCGGUUUCAAUCUCCAUCUCGGAGCUAUGCCCAAACCUGCAGUGUACGUCUCCAGAACUGGGACUCAUGCGAACGAAUGCUGAUCACUUGCGUGAGACGAUACAAGGAACGUCCGAAGCCGAGAUCGCAGGCUUCGAUAGAGUUGCUUUCUGGCGUGGCUUCACGCUCGGGGUCGUCGGGACAACACAUCAUGGCAAUGCACCGUUCGUUGUUACGUUCUCGAUAUGCCUUUCUGGAUACACCAGCGCACGCAUCGAACACGAAGGGAGAAGGCGGCGUUUUCUUUCCUUGCGCGGAAGCGGCGCUGAUGAGGCUGUACAACAGAUCUUUCCAUCCGCUGCACCGCAUUCAUCUGAGUGUCCCGAACUAGAUCAUCGGUCUCGAGGACACGCCACCAACAGCUUUCUCGGGCACAUUCACCACUUAGCGAUGCUGCCAACCCCCGGCGCAGACUUGUCGCUCGACGCGUUCUAUGGCCAUGCUAGUUGGAUUCAAGUCGGCGACAGCUUGUACACUCAUGUUGCUCGGCUAGACCUUGCAUCUUCCGACCCUCGCGCCGGCUUGGCCAUGACCGACGGGAAGCCUUCGCUAGCAGGUGAUGAUGUCGCUCCGCGAUGUGAUUGUGGAGCCGAGGCGAAAGCCAGGACAGAUGCCAGAUAUGCCUGUGCAAAGUCUGUGAUAUGGCUCAGUUAUCUUUCUUAAGCUGCACUGCCACCCUCUCGCCAUGUGGGGUAGAACAAGGUUAGCAGUGUCGGAUUUCGGUGACAGUCAUAGGCAAAACCACCAUGUCUGGGUUGAGAGUCGAGAUAAUGGCUAUUCAUAUUCUAGC